AUUACCAUCACCAUACAAUAAGCAGGCGGGGGCGGUCGGCGUGGGGGUUGGUCCAGGGGGGACCAGCAUCCCUUUGCCGGCCACUGUCGCUGCCACCAGGAGAUGUCCCCCUGAUAAAGUCAGACCAGCUCCUCAACCUGGUCACCAGACACAAUUAGGACUCAAGCACGGAGGUGGUGGUCUCGGUAGUGCCAGCAGCUCCAGGAGUACCAGCCCAAGUCAACAGCAACCUCCUCAAGGUGGACUUUCCUUUAUCCCCCAACCAAGAGGACCUAACUCGGGCAGACAACCUCCGGCGACCACCCCAAGCCCACGAGCAUCGACGGUUGGUCGUCCAGGUGGUUUGAGAGCUCCUCAACAGUCUCCGUACACAGGGCCACCAGCGCCUCAUCCGCAGGGAAAGAAUUCCGUCCUGGACAAAUUUAAGUUGUUCAACAACAAAGAGAAAAACCAGGAUCGCGCGAAAGCGUCUUCAGCGGUCUCCAAGAGGACCUCCAGCUCCUCAGGAUUCUCUUCGGCGAGGUCGGAGCACUCGGACAGCUCCACGUCCCUAUGCGAUCAGAGCAAGGUUCAGGUGGAAUCCCCAAAGAGUCGGGCUUUGAAAUCGAAGUUGCAGGUGAAACAGGCUAAGCAGGCAAGUCCAAAAACUGCCAGGAAGGAGCAGGCAAAGGCACAGAGCAAGAUCGCCAGGACGAAAGGACCCGAGAAAUUGGUCUACGCUCCACCGGUGGAGGAUGCGAAACAGAAAAUCGCCAACGCCCCGUCGAAAUUCUCCCUGGACAAAAAGACCGUCGCCAGUUUCGACCUAUUGAAACAAUCAGCCCAGCUGCAGAAGCCUAAUUCGGGUCUAACUGCCCCCAAGGUUCCCCAGGACCCGAAGAUCCUGCCCAGCCUGAAGAGCGAGACCAAACAGAUACAGAAGCCAAAGAUGGACCAAGUGGGCAAAAUCUCAGACCCUAAACUCAACCUUCAAGCCCUAAGAGCACCUCCGAAUGGACUGAACAAGGAUCUCCUCGUUCAGAAGGGGCUGAUGACAACAGGGAACGAGAGCAUCAAACAGGUAAACGAGCAUCUCGCAAGGAGCCCCACUCGCGAGGACGCAAACUCGAACUUCGACAAAACCCUGAGCAUGAACCAGGCUAACUUGUCGGGAAACGAGACAAAAGGGCUUGAGAGCGACAUUGGAGCGAAGGAUUUCCAGGAUCCUCAACAGGGUCUCAUGACCGGGGUCAUAGUUUCAUCGCCGGAGCAUCAUCUGGUGGAUGGGGUUCAGGGACCCGAUCGAAACGAUCGAUUAAGUCCUAGGAAUAUCUCUGGGAUCAACGAGAAAAAUGAGGAAUCCAUGUCGGCGAACAGGUUUAUCUGCGUUCAAGAGCCCACAGGGUUGAGUCAAAUCCCUGAAAAUGUCCCGGGGAAGCAACCACCUUCGGCGAAUUCUCCUCAGCACGCGAACAUCCCUACUUCUGGGGUCAGUCCGGGAUCCAACAUUCCAAAACCAACGGCCCUGGUCAAGGGUACUUCGAAACCUCCGAAGGAGUGUAACGUUCCGGGGGUCCCAACCCCCACGAAGCUGAAAGGCGAGUCCCUGCAUAGGAAACUGGACCCCAACACCGUGGCCAUGGUCUCGCCGAUGCCAAGCAUUUCCGACCUGAUGUCCGAGAGCUCCCACAGCAAUUCCAACAGCACGGGCCAGAGCAACUCCAGCGACAGCAGCGUCAUAUACAGACCCAGCAGCGAAAGCGGCAGCGAAAUCAAGACCAUCCCCAACAGGAAAAUCGAGACCACUUUCGAGCAGAUCGAGAAGGUCCUGUCGGAGGGUUCCUGCGGAGGUUCCAUAGCGGACGACGAAGCCGAGAUGACGGUGAAACCGAUGCAACCCCUUCUUCGAGGUUACACCCCUGGAACCAGAGGCCUGCAGACAUUGCCAAGUAGGACAGCUACCAGACAGUACACCGUACUGCACUCUUCCUCGCACCACCACGUGGGCCACGAUUACACGGACAUCGACAUCGCCUCUGGGUACCUCAGCGAUGGAGAGAUCCUCAGAGGUGGCAUGAGUGUCGGUAGCAGGACACUUUCCGAUCUCUGCGACGGAUACAUGUCCGAGGGCGGAGCAUCCCUCUACUCGAGGAGGAUCAAUCCGUCUUACGGUCACGACCACGACAGAUUCGUCAGCAGCUCUAGGAGGGAACUGUCAGGGGUGAAGGAGUUGGUCAACUCCAGGAGAGUGCAAAAGCGACCAUCCGGGAGCAGCAGGACCGAUGGAGGCUGCAUUGCUGGGAGCAGGAACAUCGUCGGGGGUGGAUUGCUAGGGGGCUGCAGCGGAGGCAGCGACGCCCUGGCGGAACUCACCAUAGAGGACCUGGCAUCCAUUCCUGCUGGGAACCACACCUCCUCCAAUCACACCGGACAUCCGUCUCACCACAAGAGGGUGCCGGGCGGCGGUAGCGUCGUCGUGGGGGGUGGCGUCGGCGGGGGAAGUACGGCCACCCCCCAAGGAGUACAACAGGGCAACAACCUAGUGUACCGCGUGGUGAGUUCGCGACACGCCGGAGGCGGCCACCACCCCCACGUUAAGAAGUCCGACAGUGCCCAGCAGACCGAGAGUUCGGCCUUCAAGCAACACCAACAGCAGCAAGGCUCCAACUGCUCAAAUAGCAACUCCAACAGCCAACAAUGGAAGAAGUACAUCGAGGCUGGUGCAGCCAGGGAGAGAGACAAGGACGGGGCUCCUCCGAGUCCUAGCCCUUCCAGGCGAUCGCAGGAGAAGCACAGGAAGCAAACUAUGGCCGAGUACGCAAACGGAGAGAAGCCGCAGAAGGUGUCAUCGGGAACGUCAACAGGCAAUAGCAGUAAAGUCAGGGGUGUGCCCCAAAGCUUUGGGUACGUCAAGAGACACAGUGCUGGCACCAGUCCGAGUCCAAAUGGCUCGCAAAAUGGCAGCAAGGAUGCCGCGAGGACCGCGCAAGUCAGCGCCGUGCCCAGGACGAAGGUUAAAGUUUCGGGAGGCACUCAGACGUGCACGACGGAGCUGCAGGCGAACUCCUCGGGGUCGAAUCAGGGGCAUCAUUACAAGAGCUAUAGCCUCACUGGACCAAGUGCGAGCCAGCUCUCACAGUCUGUUCGAGAUCGGUUGAUGCUCGGAUCGCAAAGCCUUCCAAAGCCGGGAAGUCCUGAAUUCACUGCCCUAUUUGCCGCGGCUCAUCACAGAGAACGUGGCAAUGGCCCGGGGCCGACGUCUUCGUCGUUCUCGCCCCGUGUCUUGAAGCCUUCGGAUGGAAGUCUUAGCGAUACUUGCAGCAAUUACGCUGCUCCGGAUCUUCAGGGAUAUUACGCUCCCAACAGUCCGUACACCACUUCCUGGAUGAGGCACAGUAACACGUACACGCCCAGUGGUCGAUCUCAAGGAAUGGGACUCUGCGAAGCUGACAGCGUAGAAUCCUUGGGAUCACACAGAGCAAGUCUAACACACGCUCGGCUUCUGAUGCACCAGAGAGAUUCGACGGGGUCUCCUGCUCCUCCCAGGCUCAAUAGGAGCAACUCUAUCAGGUCGACGAAGAGCGAGAAGAUGUAUCCUUCGAUGCUCGCGCGAGGAAGCGGAACUUCGUCCUCGGUCGGUGAAGAAGGUGUAGGAAUCGGCAUGGGAGUCGGGGUUGAACCUUAUUACAGCGUGCCCGUGGGAUCGGCGGGAUGUUCCGGUCAACAUUGGUCUCAACCCACGUCUCCUACUCCAACACAUGCCUCGAGACAGCCGCCGAAUCUUUAUCAACAUGUCCAUAAGGAUGAUGACAUUCAUGGAUCGUCCGUUUCUCUGGUGUCCACGGCGAGCAGCCUCUACAGUUCUGCCGAGGAAAAGCAGGCCCACGAGCUCCGAAAACUGAGACGAGAACUCCUCGACGCCCAGGAAAAAGUCCACUCCUUGACCAGUCAACUCUCAACAAAUGCCCACGUGGUGUCAGCCUUCGAGCAGUCCCUUUCCAACAUGACCCAAAGGUUGCAGCAACUCACGGCCACCGCCGAGAAGAAGGAUUCCGAGCUGCAGGAGCUGAGGGAUACGAUCGAGAGGCUGAGGAAACAGAGCGCCGAAGCUGGCCUGAACAACGGACCGGCGAACGGUCGCAGGCACACCCUGGGCGAUUCCGAGGGCACCACCGGAUGCACCGGGAACAGCAAUCAUCACCAGGGCUCUUCGAUGGCGAGGCAAUUGUCAGCCGACAGCGUGACUUCCUUGAAUUCCCUCAGCAGCGCCUGUUCCGCCAGCAGCCACCACAAGAAGAAGGGUUGGCUGAGGAGUUCCUUCUCUAAGGCGUUCUCCAGGUCCAGGAAGAACAGACACGGAUCGGUCUCCGAUGCUGAGGACUGCAAGGACGGCCCGGGUGAUCUCAGUGCGCCAAAUAGCCCCAGGUUACCCACUGCAGUCAAGCACGAGUCCGCCCAAGGCCAGGGUCAUGGCCAGCAGGGGUCAGGGUCCAGGACCAAUGGUCAAAAGUCGCCGGAACACGAGAACAACCUCAGCGGUAGCAAGAGCAGCUCGGCCCUCUACAAGAAGGAGGACGAAGACGUUGACGAGCUGAAGAAGCAGCUCAGGGAGAAGGACAUGGUACUCACGGAUAUCCGGCUCGAGGCCCUGUCCUCUGCUCAUCAGCUGGAGUCGCUUAAGGACACGGUCAUCAAAAUGAGGAACGAAAUGCUGAACCUGAAGCAAAAUAACGAGCGUCUGCAGCGUCUGGUGACCUCGAAGUCGCUGACGUCCUCUCAAUCGUCGCUGCCCAGCGACCCGGAGCGCCGUUUCAGCAUGACGGAAGUGGCCUCGAGCGUGGCAGCCCUCUCCAACGGGGACAACGCUUCGACGGCGGACCAGUUGGAGGACUUGAACGUCCCCGAGCACCCCGUGGUACCUCCCAGUACGACGACCUCGUCGGAGCCCCCUCUGGAACAGGAUACGGACGGAAAGCGUAUCAACGUGGCCAUCUAUCUGGGCGGCGAGAACACCUUCAACUACAACGCGCCGUUCAACAGCAACAACGAGGGAGGCAGCGAGCCGGCUCACUGCAUCAUCGCCAACGUCUGCAUAUCCAACAAGACCUCGUGGGACGCCUUGGACUCGACCGUAAGAAGGUGUUUCAAGGACUACGUGUCCAGGGUGGACCCUGUAACGAAUCUGGGAUUAGGAGUCGAAUGCGUGGCCGCCUAUUACCUCGGCGAGGCCUCUAGGUGCAUCACGGACUCUCAGCAUCCGGAGCUUCUGCCUUGCGGCUACCUCGUGGGUCACGUGAAGACGAUCUAUCUGGUUCUGUCCGGGUACUCCUGGCUGGCCGUUGAUACCUUAAUUCCCAGGUCGAUCGUCCAGCGACUGGUCUCCCUGCUGACCGAGCACAGAAGAGUCAUUCUUUGUGGUCCCAGCGGUACCGGGAAAAGCUACCUCGCCGGCAAGUUGGCGCAUGCCCUGGUGGAUACCGACUCCGACAUCAAGGAUGCCGCCGCCGUGGCGACGUUUAAUGUCGAUCACAAGUCCAGCAAGGAGCUGAGGCAAUACCUGGCGCACAUUGCCGAGAGGUGUGACUCGAAUGCUGCCGAUGAACUCCCCAGAGUGAUUAUCUUGGAGAAUCUCCAACAUGCGGCUUCGCUUGGGGAGUUGUUCAGCGGUCUUCUGGGCACCAGGCAUUCUUCCUGUCCAGCCAUCAUUGGUACCAUGAGCCAGGCUACCUGCAGUACCACCAAUCUGCAAUUACAUCAUAAUUUCAGAUGGGUUCUCUGCGCCAACCAUAUGGAGCCUGUAAAGGGAUUCCUGGGUCGGUAUUUACGGCGCAAACUUCUCGAACACGAGCUCCGGGAAUCCGGAGGUUCGAGGAACGCGGAAAUGGCGGCUGUCGUAGAGUGGCUUCCUCGGGUUUGGCUCCAUCUCAACAAGUUUUUAGAGACGCACAGUAGCUCGGAUGUAACAUUAGGUCCUCGGCUGUUUCUGCCGUGCCCGAUGGAAGUUGCGGGCUCCCAGGUCUGGUUCACGGAUCUGUGGAACUACUCCGUGAUCCCAUACCUGGUGGAGGCCGUCAGAGAAGGCUUGACCCUCUACGGAAGACGCGUGGCUGGAAACGGGAACAGCGACGCGGCGUGGGAGGAUCCAGCCCAGUUCAUCACCUCGAGCUAUCCUUGGAUCUCGACGCACGCCGUCCACGGAGGAAGUGACGCCCUUCUUCGUUUGCGGCCCGAAGACGUGGGCUACGACGUCGUCAGUUCUGGACACGCAUCCGGCGUCGGCAAUUCCAGCGUCAAGAGCCUGGGCAGCACUCACAGCGACAACGAGGGCGAUCCUCUGCUCAACAUGCUGAUGAGGCUACAGGAAGCAGCCAAUUACUCGAGUCCGCACAGCAACGACAGCGAUUCGGUCACAUCUCUCGACUCCUCGCACACGAGGCACUCCGAGGACCUUAGCUCCUCGACGUCCUCCUCAAAGGGCGUCGAGUCCGCCCUUUAGAACAUCCCGUCCCUGACGGCGAUUCCAGCAUGAAUUCCUGACGGCGGGAUCGAAGAGGACGUCUUUUUGACCUUUCUUCCGUUCGAAGAAUCGUAGGGACAGAGGAUCUUGGAUUCGCACGAGAAUCCGACUGGCCAGCCAGAUUUCAGGUCCUGGUUACGAUAGGCUUUGGUUUCCAGUUUUCAUCCCUGGUUUCCGUAGCUCGGCCGUCUCGUAAUGAAACACAGUUACUGCAGUAUUCGUAGCUCUUGUUGCGUUCAGACGCCAGCACGUCUCGUGGACUACGAAACGGUUUUUGGUAGCUCUCCAGGGGACAGUUUCUUUGAUAGUACAAUGUAAAUUCAUUCCAAGAUCUCCCGAGGAUGGACAUGCUUUAAAUCGGCAAUUAAAUUAGCUUCCGUUCCAGUUACAAUGGCGAUUUCUUCCGAGUACGGUGUCCGUUGCAAGGGGGGAGAGCUCAGCCUCCUUUUAUUUUUUUUCCGCCUUCCGGGAGAAGGAAAGAAAUUCUUACGGUUUCGUCCCAUAAUUACGGCGUUCUAACAAAUUUAAACGCGUUGCCGUAGUUAAUUUUACAAUAGCUGAAUGUUAAGUAGAUUUUAGUUGCUGUGCUUUGGCACGGGACAACCAAGUUCCGUGGAAGCACGUGAGACGGAACGUGGAUGACUUUGUAGCCCAGCCAGGGGGAUACCAAUCCAUCCUUGAUCUAAACUCGUAAACGUUCACCGAUCGAUCGAUCCUUCUCUUUUUGUUUUAUCUGCGAUUUUAAGAGAGGAGCAAUAUAGCGUGGACCUUGAGUAAUAGUCAGCUAGAUAGGCCUAGACCUUAGCUCCUGAAAAUACGCUUGCACAAGAACGACGUCGAUGUCCGGUUGCAGUCUAAGAAGUUAUCACUUUAGAGGCGGCCUAUCAACGUUUCCGCAAGCGCCUGGCAUUUCGGUGUGAUAUCGUAAUUAAUUUAACGCGUAGCAAAACACGGAGCGAGCCAUUAUUAAGUGUUUCUCGAUAAGCGUAAUCACUAUGCGAUGCAAUAAGCUGACCUGCCGUAUCGGCCGUACGAUUAUAUUUUUUAGUUAAAGGACGCGUUUUUUUUCCCCGCGAAUCCCGUGUCGGUUCUUUCUAAACGAAAUGCACACUCGCCAAGGGAUCUGUAAGGAUCGAUCCGAUGAUCGUAACGGUGCAUACAGUAUUAUAGAAGGUAUAAGAGCCAGCUUCAAGCCGAGCGCUGCUAGGGUGUCUUUCGAUGUUAAUUAACGUUGUAUUUUCGAGAAGGAAGUUCUUCGUAGAUGUAGCUCAUAAUCGAAAUUGAUUCUUCGGUCCGCCAAGGCUUGGAUCAGUAUUGCCACUGAUCUCGGUAACGAGAAACGGUUCCGAUACGUCGGCUCCUCUUUCAGACCCUGAUGUACCUCUAGAUCUCGAUAGAGUUGAUACCGAGAAUACUAGCAGCGCCCUUCGAAGUGAGAACUGGCCACGUGCAAAUAUAGUCUGUUUAUACAUAACUUCCUACAAAGUUCUAUUUAAUUAAAGAAUGUUGAUACGAUAAUAUAUACCUAACGACGCUGCCGCUGAGUUUUAUAUAUAAUAUAUAUUACGAAUAAUGCCGAAUAAGAGGUCGAUGAUUAGACUAAGAUACGUGAGUAACUCUGGUCAUAUAUAUUGUUGUAAAUAAAUAUGCGAGAGAUGCAAGCUCGGUAUUGGGGCAACGCGACGUGGUACGCGGAGUCUCGUCGAAUUUGAACGUCAAUAGAGUUGUUUGUAAAGAAUGAGAUGCAUUUUAAGCCGACUUUUUUCAUUAACGCUAAAAUUGGCGUUCACCCUUAGUUGCCGAUUAUAUAAACGAACGCUGACGGAUUAUACAUAUUGUACUUCGCAUUAUCGAAUCGAGGUCCGUCAACGUCCUCGAUUUCUUUUUUCUGAUGUGCGCGAAGCAGAUAUCCUUGAUACGACGUGUGCAUACAAUGUAAUCGUUAUACAGUCGCAUUUACAGGUUUUUUACGUUUAUACCGUAUUUAUACGCUGUAUGGCGCCACAUCCGAACUUUAUCCAAAUAACGAUAGUUAUUGUGUCAUAAAUAAAACCAUUUAAACAUUA